GCUCUUCUAGUCCAACUGGUAGAGUGUUGUGAAUAGCCAGUUCAGUUCAUCAGUUGAUAGGAGCCAUGCUUCACCAUUACUACAGCGGCGGCGCCGGCCAUCAUCAGGACGUCGCUGCAGCUGGUAGCCCCGGCGACAUGGCUUCCUCCACCUUCUCGCUCUUCUUCCCGAUGUCCAAUGGGCAGUGUUGGCCGCCGUCGACGGUGGAGGAGUCCGCGGCCUACGACGACCACAGCACCGUCACCACCUCUCCUUCCUCGCCUUCGUCGUCCUCCACCGGCUCCGUCGACUGCACGCUCUCGCUCGGCACGCCGUCGUCUCGCCGCGCCGAGCCCGUCGCGGCGGCGGCGCCAGCGGCAAACCAUGGGGCGCCCGUGCCGGCGCAUUAUCCGUCGCUGUCAGCGGCGACCGUGUCCUGGGACGCGACUGCCGAGUCGUACUAUUGUGGCCAGCAGGGGAGGCCGGCCACCGGCGCCGCCAAGUGCGCCGCCGGCGCCGGGCACGACGCGCUCCUCGACCGCCGCUGCGCCAACUGCGGCACCGCGUCCACGCCGCUCUGGAGGAACGGCCCUCGCGGACCCAAGUCGCUGUGCAACGCGUGCGGGAUCAGGUACAAGAAGGAGGAGCGGCGCGCGGCGGCGACGACGACGACGGCCGACGGCGCCGCCGGAUGCGGCUUCAUCACCGCGCAGCGUGGACGCGGGUCGACCGCGGCCAAGGCGGCGCCCGCCGUGACGACGUGCGGCGAGGAGACGUCACCGUACGUCGUCGGCGGCGGCGGCGGCGGCGGCGAGGUCGCGGACGCGGCGUAUCUCGCCUGGCGGCUCAACGUCGUCCCACCGGCGGCGACGGCGACGGCGUUCUCGGUGUGGCCGGAGCGAGCUAGCCUCUACCACUACAACUAGCUAUAGGCGAUUAACUAGUGUAGCAUUAGCGUUGGGGAGAAGGGAAGCUGCACCGUUUUUUUGGGGAACAUUUUGUACGGUCGCACGCUCCCGGAUUGAUCGAACUGUAUGCAUCUGCUGUGCUGUGUUGCACGCUAGCUAGCUAGAUGACUCUGAUCUUGAAACGAACCGUGAUCAUUUCAUUCAUUUGGAAUGAACAUGUAGCUGUGCAAGGUCAUCUUGCUCGGAAAAUUCAUAAUCUUCCAAUCUCUUGUGCUGCUACUACUGCUGCAUCUCAAUUCUGACGCGCCAAUAAGCAAGUGAAGAGAAAAGGAAAAUGUUUUAAACCUUUUUUGGCUA